CCACUCUCUGUCUCGCCUGCGUCGCCGGCGCCUCUCCCUAGCUCGUGUCGCUGGUGCCUCUCCCUUGCCCGCGUCGCCAGUGCCUCUCCCUCGCCCACGUCGCCGGCGCCUCUCCAUUGGCUCCGUCGUCGGUGCCAAGAUCUCAUUUUUAUUCUCCGGUGACUGAUUUCGAGUGCGUCGGCUCGACCUACAACGACCUUCCUCCACUCCAACGCCAUGCGGACGAUGCCAUGGAAGGGCCACCAUGACCAGGAGCAGGACGACGCCUUGGAAGGUUCACCGAUAGGAGCAACUACGUACGGUCUGGUCUUCUCCACUAACAGGGAUAUCGACAUGGAGGUCCGCCAUGGAAGGCCUGGAGCUCGUCAUGGAGGGUCCCUCCUCUCUCUUCCCCUCCCUCUACUCUGUUGGUUGGUUGGACGGAAGACCACCGCUCGUCAGGCUCUGCUUCUUCCACCGCUGCUCCCCUCCCACCAUAGUGCCACAGACGCUAUGCCAAGCACGGAAGGGGUGGAUGCCAAUACUCUUAGAAUGGUCAUUGGAGCAAUAUACACAACAGUGAUGUUUGUCGGCAUCAACAACUGUGCAACCGUUCAACCAAUUGUUUUAAUCGAGAGAACAACUUGUACAAAGAGAGGGCUGCUCCAUUGCUCAGCUACUUAUGCAGCGAAGGUACAGGUUCUAGAUGGCUCUGUAGACAGUGAGAAUGAGGAAACUCAAACUCAUGAAGAUUCUAAUGAGGAAAUCGAUUAUGAUAAAUAACAACACAGCUGCAGCCUGCAGGUUCUAUUUUUUGGUGAGAAUGGAACAUAAUGUUGGUGACUGGACAUGAAAAAGGAGAAAGUACAAUGUCUCUAGAUUAUGAAGUACCUGACAUGGGUUCCUGCAAUCAAGCCUAUAUCAUUGCACGGACAAUAUCCUCAACCUGCUUCAUCAUAGCACAAAAAGAUGAUGGGCGUGGUUGAAAAGCAAUUGAACGACAUCCAAUAGUCAUCACAAGUCACCUGCUUCAUAAACAGAACAUGAACUUGCUGAAUACAAACCGUUAAGUCAAGGAGGCAAUGAGCUCUUUUAUGUGUUUUAUGGAUCAUGUACAGACAGUAUAACAACAACACUUUCUACGACGUAGCCGAGCUUUCCUUUCUUGCAAAAGAAUAGACAGACUAUCUGUCUCCUAUUCUUAAAAGCUAAAACCGGAAAAAAAAUGAGGGCAAAUUUAUUUGCACCUUCAAACAAUGAAUGGGGGCAGAGGCGCAUUAUCUGUACAAUGGCAUCCAAAUGUUGCUUUUCAUCACAUGCAAAAUAAAAUAAAAAGGUCACACAGGUCUUUCUCCUGUGCUCUA